AUGGAUGUAGCCCUCUCUAUCUUAGCAGGCCUUGGCCUGCGCAUAUUCCUCGUUCCUACUAAUACAGGCCCCACCAACAAACUAACAACCGCCAUUCUCGGACUAUGGGAGGGCAUUGUUCUUCACCAAGUAUCGGGUCGCUCGACAUCUCCCAAUCUAGAUCAUGUCCUUGCCUACGGAUUGCGCAUUGUGAUGGACCUCCUAAUCUCGAAAGAUUUACAACGGAUGGUUAUGGUACUGUUAUGGAGUGCUCUUGGCUCGGUCGCGUCGGAAGCCUUCGUCCCUCGCGCAAGCCUUCGCGCAGCCCUGAAGAAAGAUCGGGAACGAGUCAAGGAGAGAAGGCACAGGCAUUCGCGUUCAAUUCCGACCGCCGUUCCUAUUCUGUCGACACCAUUACCACCACGAAUUCGUGCCUACAGAGCACCCGACCCAGAUCAAUCGUCUAUAAACCCGCUCCUUCCUGAGAACCCUCCACCACCAUUUUCUUCCUCUAUAUCGCCCUUGGAACGCCCUCCAACACCUCCCAGUUUCUUUCUACAAGAAGACUCCAUAUUGUCACCUUCUCCAAAACCCGUACUCCUCCAAGUUCAACAAUCCACGGAACACUUCGUCCAAGAGGCGCUUCCUGUUCGCCCUAGGUCUGGCCUUGCCUCCUUGCUUGACCAUUCUCCAGAUUCAGGUUCGCCCCUCCCUGUUCCUAACCAUCUUCCCACACCUCCAGACACGGCUAUCCCCUCAGAUGGAAUGAAUGACCUUUCCAAUAACGAUUCUUAUCUUGAUUGUCAUAAGCCACGCUUUGAAAACCAGUUGUAUACCAUUCCCGAGCUUUCGUCACCAGAAGACAACACCGCACAUCCGGAGAACGGUGAUCAAACUUCAAAUGUAUCUCCUCGUAGCGGAGACCAACACCAGAACCGAAACAAUAUUACCCAACAACCUCUUCCUAACGGGCCUGACCCAAUUGAUAUGCCUAUCCCAGUUCCUAAUUACGAGCUUCGAAGCUCGCCCAACAGCGUCGUGGUUGAUUGGCUAACGUCGCAAUCAUCACACGUGAAUGCUGAGUCUCUUUUUCCAAAUCAAUUUGCUACAACAUCUGCUGAGGUUCAGGGCGCUCUUCCUGUGCUCCUUCGCCACCAGGAUCCUCUUUGGCAUAUACACACCCCCACAGCCUCUAAUCACAUCAUCAUACAAGAGAACAUCGACGAAAGGAUGGACUGUGUUGGUAACACUAAAGUAAAUCUUCAAGCCAAUUACGAAAGCGAGGUUGACGAACUUCUCACCCCCGGCGCUCGGGAUAAACUCGCAAUGGAAACGGAUAACGAACACGAUGCUGACCCUUUGCUUACACCCAAGCAAGCACGCCUCGAUGAACUAGAAGGCCAGUUAUCUCCGUUGAGUCUCAACGUGAGAUCUGCUCUGGGGUCUGAUCAUGCCGCCGCUGCGACAGAGCCCGCACCAAAUGUCACCGAAGAUGACUUUCAGGAUGAACUUCAGAUGCCAGGGUCUUUGUCACAGAAUCCACUCCUGCAACCUCCGCUACCACCUUCUGGACCUUUGUUCCGACGCACGACUUCUCCGCCACCGGAGUCUCCCCCUCCACCUUCCCCGUCUACCAUCCUCUCUGAUCCGAGCGAUGCUUCGAUACUUUCUACUCGUAUACCAACCAGACUCUACCAGCGUGCUGAUCAAUUGCGCCAAAAAGCUCGAGAAGAGGAGUCCGUAAGAGCGCAACUAGAGGAACAAAGGAAACGUGCCGAGUCGGAAGGACGGGUGAUGGACGCCCUUGCUUUAAAAAUCAAGGUCCGAGAAUUGGAUGCUGAAGCAUACAAGCUACACGAGAAAGCGGCACGGAGAUACUUCGUUGCCCGAAAUACCCUUACCAAGUCUAAUGAAAUUGAUGUACACGGCCUUCGUCCACGUGAGGCUUUUGACCGGGUCGAGAGAGCUAUCAUCAAAGCAAAUGAGGAGAAACGCACGACUGUCCGUGUGAUCGUUGGAAAGGGCAAACACUCUAUCGAUCAGAGGCCCACUCUUAAACCUGCUGUCCAACGAGAGAUGCAAAGGCUAGGGAUCAAAUGCGAAGUCGAUGCCCGCAAUCAAGGUGUUCUGAUCGUUUCACUUCCACAACCUCGUCUUUGA